GGCGGGGCGGUGCCGUCGGGGCGGGCGGUGCCGGUGCCGGUGCCGGGGGCGGUGGCGCAGUCGGGCGUGCGGCGGCGGCGGCGCGGGAUGAACGGGACGGGCCGGGCGUGCGGGCGGGACGGGGCAGCGCUGCCGGCCGGGGCUCGCCCGCUGAUCAGCGCGCUCAUGUUCUCGGCCGGGCUCCUGGGCAACCUCCUGGCUCUGGGGCUGCUCCUGCGCGGCCGCCGCUGGCACCGCCAGCGCCCGCCCGCGCUGUUCCACGUCCUGGUGCUGGCCCUGGUGGUCACCGACCUGCUGGGCACCUGCUCCGUCAGCCCCUUGGUGCUGGCGUCCUACCACCGCAACCUCACCCUCACCGCCCUGGCCCGCGGCGGGCACAUCUGCCUCUACUUCGGCUUCGCCAUGAGCUUCUUCGGCCUCGCCACCAUGCUCAUCCUCUUCACCAUGGCGCUGGAGCGCUGCCUGGCCCUGGGCCGGCCGUACUUCUACGAGCGCUUCCUGAGCCCCCGCACGGGCCUGGUGGCCCUGCCGGCCAUCUACACCUUCUCGGCCGCCUUGUGCUCGCUGCCGCUGCUGGGCUUCGGGCGCUACGUGCAGUACUGCCCCGGCACCUGGUGCUUCAUCCAGAUGCACCAGCAGAGCCCCGGCGGGCCGGCGGGGCUGAACGUCGCCUUCUCGCUCCUCUACGCCACGCUGCUCCUCUUCCUCAUCGUGGCCGUGCUGCUCUGCAACCUGAGCGUGAUCGUGAACCUGGCCCGCAUGCACCGGCGCGGGCAGCGGACGCGCCGCCCCACCGCCCCCGGGCCGCCCCGCGCCGCCGCCGCCUGCGGCCGCCGCGCCUUCUCCAUGGCCGAGGAGAUCGACCACCUCCUGCUGCUCUCCAUCAUGACCAUCACCUUCGUCAUCUGCUCGCUGCCCUUCACGAUCCGCGCCUACGUGAACAAGUUCGGCGGGGCAGAGGCGGACCACGGCUGGGACCUGCUGGCGCUGCGCUUCCUCUCCAUCAACUCCAUCGUGGACCCCUGGGUGUUCGCCAUCCUGCGGCCGCCCGUGCUGCGCUUCCUGCGCUCCGUGCUGCGCUGCCGCCUGAGCCCCGCCGGGCCCGCCGCGCCCAAGCCGCGCCUCUGCGGGCGGUAGAUCCCGGGAUCGCUCCCGGAGCAUCCCGGCGCAUCCCGGCCCCGCUCCCGGAGCAUCCCGCAGCAUCCCGGUGCCGCUCCCGGAGCAUCCCGGCCACGCUCCCGGAGCAUCCCGCAGCAUCCCGGCGCCG